AUGGAUUUGUUAGUAGUUCCUUAUACAUCAGAUCCCAGCAUCAAGUUGAUCCAGUGGCCACCAUUUUUGCUUGCAAGCAAGAUCCCUAUAGCUCUGAAUAUGGCAGCGCACUUCCGAUCAAAGGAUGCUGACUUAUGGAAACGUAUAUGUGCAGACGAGUAUAUGAAAUGUGCUGUGAUUGAGUGCUAUGAAUCCUUCAAACAAGUCCUCAAUAUUUUGGUCGUUGGAGAAAAUGAAAAGAGGAUAAUUGGCAUCAUCGUCAAAGAAAUAGAGAGUCAUGUUUCAAAGAGCACACUUCUUGCAAAUUUCAGAAUGGCCUCUUUGCCAGCUCUUUGUGAAAAAGUUGUGGUGCUUGUGGGAAUCCUGAAAGAUGGUGAUCCUUCCAAGAGAGAUGACGUGGUGCUGUUGCUUCAAGAUAUGUUAGAGUUGGUCACCCGUGAUCUGAUGGUGAAUGAGAAUCGUGAAUUAGUAGAUCUCGGACAUAGUGGCAAGGAUUCUGGAAGACAACUGUUUGCUGGUACAGAUCCAAGACCCGCUGUAGUAUUUCCUCCCCCGGCUUCUGCUCAGUGGGAUGAACAGAUAAGACGGCUUCAUCUUCUUUUGACGGUAAAAGAAUCUGCCAUGGAUGUACCAGCAAAUCUUGAAGCGCGCAGGAGGAUUUCGUUUUUCACGAACUCCUUGUUCAUGGAUAUGCCACGUGCUCCACGAGUCCGCAAAAUGCUCUCAUUUAGUGUUAUGACCCCAUACUAUAGCGAGGAAACUGUCUAUUCUAAAUCCGACCUUGAAAUGGAAAAUGAAGAUGGUGUGUCCAUUAUAUACUACUUGCAAAAAAUCUAUCCAGACGAAUGGACAAACUUCAUGGAGCGAAUUAAUUGUAAGAAAGAGAGUCAGGUUUGGGAAAAUGAAGAAAACAUCUUACAGAUCCGUCAUUGGGCCUCCUUAAGGGGUCAAACUCUCUGUCGCACAGUCAGAGGAAUGAUGUAUUAUAGAAGAGCUCUGAAACUUCAGGCUUUCCUUGAUAUGGCUAAUGAGAGCGAGAUAUUAGCUGGCUAUAAAGCUAUAACAAACCCAACUGAGGAAGACAAGAAAAGUCAACGAUCCCUCUCUGCUCAGUUGGAGGCAGUAGCUGACAUGAAAUUCACGUAUGUAGCCACCUGCCAGAUUUAUGGAAAUCAGAAGAGAAAAGGAGAUCGUCAUGCAACAAACAUCCUGAAUUUGAUGGUUAACAAUCCUUCUCUCCGUGUUGCAUAUAUUGAUGAAAUAGAAGAAUGCGAUUCUGGAAAAGCACAAAAAGUUUAUUACUCAGUGCUGGUCAAAGGUGUUGAUAAUCUUGAUCAGGAAAUUUAUCGUAUCAAACUGCCAGGUUCAGCAAAACUAGGUGAAGGAAAGCCUGAAAAUCAGAACCAUGCUGUAGUAUUUACUAGAGGGGAAGCCAUGCAAGCCAUUGAUAUGAAUCAGGAUAACUAUCUAGAAGAAGCUUUCAAAAUGCGCAAUCUUCUUGAAGAAUUUCAUGAGGAUCAUGGGGUGCGACCACCUACAAUUUUAGGUGUCCGUGAGCAUAUUUUUACUGGAAGUGUUUCUUCUUUGGCUUGGUUCAUGUCAAAUCAAGAAACAAGUUUCGUCACCCUUGGUCAAAGAGUUCUUGCUAGGCCCUUGAAGAUACGAUUCCAUUACGGGCAUCCAGAUGUGUUUGACAGAAUUUUCCACAUAACCCGUGGGGGUGUCAGUAAGGCUUCUCGUGGCAUCAACUUGAGUGAGGAUAUCUUCGCCGGAUUCAAUUCAACUCUACGAAGAGGAAAUGUCACCCACCAUGAGUACAUUCAAGUUGGCAAAGGUCGAGAUGUUGGGCUCAACCAAAUCUCCUUGUUUGAAGCCAAAGUAGCAUGCGGUAAUGGCGAGCAAACACUCAGCAGGGACAUCUAUAGACUAGGCCAUCGUUUCGAUUUCUUCCGAAUGUUGUCCUUCUAUUAUACGACCAUUGGUUUCUACAUCAGCUCAAUGAUGGUGGUCCUCACAGUCUACGCCUUCUUAUAUGGGAGACUGUAUUUAGCACUGAGUGGAUUGGAAGGUUCCAUAAUCAAGUUUGCAAAACACAGAGGAGACAAUGCACUGAAAUCAGCUAUGGCUUCCCAGUCCGUGGUCCAGCUAGGCCUCCUCACCGCCUUGCCCAUGGUCAUGGAGAUGGGCCUCGAGAGAGGCUUCCGAACAGCGCUAGGCGACAUCAUUAUCAUGCAACUACAGCUUGCCUCCGUCUUCUUCACCUUCUCCCUAGGAACACGAACCCACUACUAUGGCCGUACUGUCCUCCAUGGUGGCGCCAAGUACCGAGCAACCGGUCGUGGCUUCGUCGUCCGCCACGAGAAGUUUGCUGAAAACUAUCGUAUGUACUCGAGAUCCCACUUCGUCAAGGCCCUGGAGCUCAUGCUGCUUCUUAUAUGCUACCAGAUAUAUGGGAAAUCCGUGUCUGGCCAGGUAGCUUACGUGCUCCUCACGGCUUCCAUGUGGUUCCUGGUUGUGUCGUGGCUAUUCGCUCCUUUCCUGUUCAAUCCUUCGGGGUUCGAGUGGCAGAAGGUCGUUGACGAUUGGGACGACUGGACUAAGUGGAUUGGCAGCCGGGGAGGGAUCGGUGUGCCUGCAAAUAAGAGCUGGGAGUCGUGGUGGGAAGAGGAACAAGAGCACCUCCAGCACACGGGGAUCUCUGGGCAGAUUUGUGAGGUCAUCCUCGCUUUACGUUUCUUCAUCUAUCAGUACGGCAUCGUUUACCAGCUGAAAGUCACCCUGGCCACGUCAGCUGGACGAGAGCACAGCCUUUCUGUCUAUGGACUGUCAUGGCUGGUCAUUGUCGCUCUUAUGGUAAUCCUGAAGAUUGUGUCGACGGGUAGAAAGAAGUUCAGCGCUGACUUCCAGCUAAUGUUCAGACUUCUCAAGUUCGUGCUCUUCAUUGGUUUCGUGGUCACGCUCAUCAUCCUCUUCACUACACUCCAUCUCACGGUCGGAGAUGUGUUCCAGAGCUUGAUGGCCUUCCUCCCUACCGGCUGGGCAAUUCUACAGAUAUCGCAAGCGUGCAAGCCGAUAGUGAAGGGGUUGAAGAUGUGGGGAUCGGUGAAGGCAUUGGCGAGAGGGUACGAGUACAUGAUGGCAUUGAUACUCUUCCUCCCCAUAGCAGUGCUAGCCUGGUUCCCGUUCGUGUCCGAGUUCCAGAACAGGCUUCUAUUCAACCAAGCCUUCAGCAGAGGUCUCCAGAUCCAACGGAUCCUCGCCGGCGGAAAGAAGCACAAGUAA